UGGUGGUCGCUGAAGGCCCGGCUUGGGGAGAGGCAGCGAGGCAUGGAGAUGGGCGCCAGCCAGCACCGAGUUUCUUCCUGAAGCGGCUGCGUCCAGGUGAGCCCGGGAAGGUCCUUCGUCCGGAGAGCCAAAGGAGAGACGUGGGAUGGAGCACAUAUCCUGCUUUCGUCGUGGGUACGCCAGCAGGGGUUGUGUUCCCCUGCGGUUCUGCCGUUGUCGAGCGUGUGCUGUCAGACUGGAGGAGCGUUUCGGGUGAAGUCCACAGAGAACCUCCUGGGGCCCGGUCCUGGCUGGAGUUGGCGUUCCCGCCUCGAGUGAGAAGUAAGAAGUUGGGUUUGUGACCAUGGGUGCUUUGGAGAUGUGGCAAACCAAGAUGGAAGUCCCAAACCGACGGUGAAAAAGUGGAUACUGAGGGUGAGAUGUUACGACCUAAGCGAGUCUGGAGGCCCCAGCGGAGCUCAGAAUGAUGUGGGAUGACGCUGAUGGUAGUGAUGAAGGCCAGAUGGAACAUGGCACGAAUGUAGCCAUUCCCGGCAGAGCUAAGUCUUCUCAUAACAAUGAAGAGCUGUCUGAUGAUGAACUGGAUGAAUAUGAUUUGGAAAAUUAUGAUGAAGAGGAACACACAGGUGAUCUAAAACUUGGAGACACUUUGGCUACUCUGGCAGUAUAUGGGAGUAAUGAUCAUGAUCCUUACAUCACUCUAAAAACCACUGAUCAAUAUGAAGAGGAGGACUUUUUGAUUAAGCCCAGUGACAAUCUUGUCCUUUGUGGCAGAGCUGAUAAAGACUACUGUAGUUUGGAGGUCCAUGUUUAUAAUCAUGAAGAGAACUCAUUUUAUGUACAUCAUGAUAUUAUCUUGCCUGCUUACCCUCUAAGUCUGGAGUGGUUGAAUUUUGAUCCUAGUCCUGAUGAAUCACUAGGAAAUUAUGUUGCAGUGGGUAACAUGACCCCGGUUAUUGACAUUUGGGACCUUGAUAUAGUAGAAUCCUUAGAACCAGUCUUUUCUCUUGGAAGCAAGAAAGAGAAAAAGAAGAAAAAGAAAGUAAAGAAAAGUUUAUCUUCAGAAGGGACGGUGAAAGGACAUACUGAUGCUGUGCUUGAUCUUUCAUGGAAUAAACAAAGCAGGAAUGUUUUAGCAAGUGCGUCUGCUGACAAUACUGUAAUUUUGUGGGAUAUGUCUGUGGGUAAGCCAGCAGCCAGCCUGAUGCUACAUACAGACAAGGUCCAGACGUUGCAGUUUCAUCCGUUUGAAACUCAGACCCUUAUUUCUGGAUCUUAUGAUAAAUCAGCUGUUCUGUAUGAUUGCAGAAACCCACAAGAAAACCAUCGAAUGUGGCGGUUUAGUGGUCAGGUUGAAAGAGUAACCUGGAAUCAUUUUUCACCUUGUAAUUUCUUGGCAAGCACAGAGGAUGGCUUUGUGUACUGUCUGGAUGCUCGUUCUGAUAAGCCACUGUUUACUCUGAAAGCUCACGAUGAAGAGGUGUCAGGGCUACAACUAAGCAGUCAGAUUAAAGGGUGCCUCGUGACAUCAUCUGCUGACAAAUACGUGAAAAUUUGGGAUAUCCUGGGAGACAGACCAAGUUUAAUCCAUUCCAGGGAUAUGAAAAUGGGUGUUCUGUUCUGUGCAGCCUGCUGCCCUGACUUCCCAUUUGUUUUUGCCUUUGGAGGAGAGCGAGAAGGGCUGCGUGUUUGGGAUAUAAGCAAGAUUUCUGCAGUGAAUGAAGUUUUCGGAAACAGAGAGAGACAUGUUCUGGCUAGUGCCAAUUCUGUGGCUUGCAGCUCUGUGGCCGGCAGUAGCAGCAACGAUGUGGAGACAGCAAUGGAAUCGUGACGGACCAUCAAAAAAUCAAAGUAAUUAAUGGGACUAUGACUAACGUGUAUUCUACAAAUCCCCGUUUGGUGAGAGUUCAUAGAAAUUACUUGAAUGGCAUGCAAUCUGCAGGCUUCUUCAUCUCAGAUGAAGAAACGCAGUGUGGCUAAGCUUUAAGUAAGUCAGCAGUCCUAAGUUCCUGCCUCUAUUACUGGCUUUGAAAGAUUAAAUCACUUGCUUUUGCCUGAGAUUAUGAUCCCUGAAACAGGGGCUACUAUGUGUAAAGUUGAUAUAUAAAAUGAAACAGUCACUAAAAAAGCAUUCUGCUGCUACCAGAAGUUUGUUGAAUACUGCAGAGAAGGUAAAUACCUUCUAAGGGCAUAAGGAAAAAGACUUCAGACAGCAGUUGUAUAAUAAACAAACAAAAGCUGAAUGAAA